AUGACUCUGAAGAUUUCGUCGUUGUUCUGUCGAAUUCUACCGUUGGCUUUGUUGCUGCCAACGGCAUGCCAUGCUCAGAUUCAAAAGUACUUUACCAAUGAGGUGAACGAGCGUGCUGGUCCCUGCCCUGACGAUCCCCUUCAGAUCGGAUACAAGCACAUUAUCGAUGUCAACACCGACCAACAAACUGAAUCGGACCGUGUGGCUGCUGGCCAAGCUCCUCGGACACCCUACGUGUUCCCCUUGUGCAACCGAUUCAAGUAUCUGAUGGAAGAGCGAGUCUUGGAGGUGAUAUUGCCAGAUAUUACGUUUGUCUGUGGGUACAAUGGCACCAAUGUGGAGCUCUGUGUCUUGGAUGGAAACGAAUUUCAAGUCAACGUCGCACCUGGUUCCACCACUACCAAUGCUACCUUUGCAGGAAUUAGUUUCUUCUCCUACACGGGCGUCGCAGUCAAAGCAUAUGGCGAUGUACGGUCGAACAUCCGAUUCAACGAUGUCAAAUUUCAGGGAUUUCAGAAUUCCGCCACGGCCAUCCAUCAAAGUAAUCCUGUCGGUGAUAAACCCAUGAAUGUCUUUGUCGACACGGUCCUUUUCGAAAAUGGUGUUGGACGCCAUCUCAUUGAUAAUGAAGGAGGAACUCUCAUCGUCAACGAUCUUACCAUUGGGGAAGGCGUGAUUGCGGAUUCUGUCAUUCGGACUUCCAAGGCUGGAACUUCAACGCUCAAAACUGCCUCGGCGACGCUUAGUGAUUUGGUGCGCUUUACACAAACAGAAGGGGGCAGCACUCAUACAGUCACGGGGCUUACAGUCACUGAAAUGAACAGUCUCGGGACGGUGCUCUAUGUUACGGAUGGAGGUUCCUAUUUGUCAGCUACCAACGUCAAUGUCAACAAUAUCAGAGUGUUGGAGGCAUAUCGGAAAAAGUUUAUGGAAGACUUUACAGUACAAACUUCACGAAACUUUAAUGUGCUGGUGGCCACAGACCAGGCCACAGCGGAUGGAACUUCCUUCACGGUCAAGGAUUCUGAUGGAGUGGAUCGUGUGUUUAGUGCCAGUAAUGGCGCCGUUGUCAACAUUCAUGACUCGUCAGCCACCAACCUUGUUGGCACAAGUCCACCCGACUUGCUGAGUAACGUUGCCAUGGCUGAGGAUGGAGGCUCGAUGAAUGUCCUGAGGCUUCAAGUGGCAAACGUGGAGUGGUUCAGUACGGUAUUCUGUGCCAUUUGUGGCAGUACCAUUCAGGUGUUGAACUCUUGCGUCGACGGUGGCCGCGUUAGUGCUCCUGCGUUCAAGAGUGCCGAUUCUACCAUUGAUCCUGCCACCAGCAACAACUACAUGAAUGUCGAGGAAUUGACCGCCGACCGUUGUUUCAACAACCAGCAAGCUUCGGUCUUUUCCGAGCAAGACACGGGCGAAGCCUGCUUUAGCGAAACCGGAACGGGAGCUUGCGAGGGACAAUGCAUUGCAGGAUUUGCCGACGCUGGUGAAUGCAUGGUGGAAGGAGGCCCCGCCGCGGCUCAGGUGACCCCCUCCGUUGCGCCCCCGGCACAAGCCAACCCCAGUUGUCCUGCAUCUCCUCCCACACCUGUUCCUACGUUGCCACCUGGCUUUACUGUCAAUGGUAUUCCCCCCGGUGGCGGCGAACCAGUCGUCGAAGAGACUAUUCCACCUGGUAAUCCAGGAGGUGCUCCAUUGGGAGGUGGUACUCCUGGAAGCUCUCCUGGCGGUUCACCGGGUUCGCCUGGAGGCAGUGGCGGCGAUGGAGUGAACAGUGCUGAACCCCCCAGCGGCGAUGGAAGCAGUGCCAAUCAAUAUUUCCAUGCCUUUUCCGUUGCGGGUGCACUGGUUAUGGCCAGGUUGGUACACAGAGUGUUGUUUUAA